AUGAUGCUGCGCCAUCUGUUCUAUAUACUAGCUUUGCUUCUGAGUGUUAUCUCUCUAUGUGUGGCAUCUGCAGAGAUUCCUGGUGGAGGUGGUGAUCGUGUUGUUCCUGAUACUGCAUCUGAAACCAAAGUUCUUCAUACUGAAGUGCAACAGACUGACCACCCUCCUGCCGGUCCUACGGAUCCUGCUAGUCAUUGUCCUGCAGUUAGUGAUGAUGGCGGUACUUGUCUUACUACUUCUGCUGAGACGUCGUGCACUCCUAAUUCUUCCGUUUCAACCGAUGGUCAGCCUUGUUCCCCAGCAUCAGCAAAAGUCCCGGAUGCAACUCAACCACAACGGCUAACUACUGGUGAUCCUGGUUCUGGUGGUCAUGGUUCUUCUUCUGAUUCUCUCUCUGAAACUGGGGUUCGGGGUGCUGGCAUCGCUCCUAUUGUUCAACCCCAACAACAUCCUUUACCUCCUACCCUUCCUCUUCAGCUACUUGCGCCUGGUGCCACUUGCACUCCGAAUUCUUCUAAUCUUCCUUGUACAACUACACCAGAGGAACUCACUCCAACUAAACCAGUAAUAACUACUACUGAAAAGCCUGGACAUGGUGCUCAUGUUGAUGCUCCUUCUAAUAAAGAUGGUCAUCGUGCUGCUGCUGAUAGGACUGGGGCUCACGUUACAUUAGUUGAAGCUGGUCCUGGAAUUGGUUCUGGUUCUGGUACUGAUGAUAACUCUUCUUCUAAUCAUCCUACUGCAUCUCCUCCACCUGCUGCUUCUACUCCUGCUAGUGAUCCUCAACCUGGAAACAGCGACAACCAUGUAUCCAGUGCAGCAGAUAGCCAGGGAAGUGCGGGAACACAACCUUCUUCUUCUUCCACCAGCAGUUCAGAGACAGUGAGUUCCGGUAGUUCUGAAACCACAAAAACUGGGAAUGGCACUACAUCUGCAGAGAAUGGUUCACCAAACAACACUGGUGAUGUGGGAAAUGCAGAUACCACUACCACAACAACAACACUUCCUCCUGAACUCACAAACAACAAGAAGGGUGAUGCAGACAGCAGCAGCAGUAUCAGCAGUUCUGUGUGGGUGCGUGUGCCACUACUGAUUGUGGUUACACUGGCCUGUAUUCUU